ACUAAGGAGGCGGGGGCUGAUGACACCCUGGACGUGUCGGCCUGUGAGCUCUCAGAGGUUCCCUCGGCGGCCUUUUCCAUUUGCAAGGUGCUACAGAAGAAGGUCCUGAUCCUCCACAACAACGAGCUGAGCUCCCUGCUGCCCAAAGGAUGUGACAUCAGCACUCUCGCCACUUUAAAGGUUCUGGAUCUGCAUGACAACAAGCUGACUUCCCUCCCAGAAGACAUUGGGAAGCUGGCGUCACUGCAGAUUCUGAAUGUGGAGAAGAACCGUCUGAAGGCCCUGCCUGAGAGCAUCGGGGAGCUGAGGCUUCUGCAGACACUCAAUCUGAAAGGUAACUCUCUGAGUGAGCUGCCGUCCACCGUUGGUUCUUUGAGAAGCUUACGCACUCUGGACCUGAGCGACAACAACAUCGUGCAGCUGCCCAAAGCUCUCGUCUACAUCCGCACUCUAGAGAGCUUCACACUGGACACUGCCACCAUGACCUACCCUCCUGCCUCUGUGUGUACGGAGGGAACGGAGAGCAUCCAGCGCUUCCUAUGCUCUGAGCUGGGAGAGGAGUACUGCCCCCCCUCCCAGUACCUGCUGCCAGUGCUGGAGAGUGAGUGCAGCACACAGUCCGACUGUGUGGACGCUCUGGACGAGGCCUGGAAGAGCAAAUUCAACGACUACGAGAAGAGAAAGGAGCAGAAGCAGCAGGAGAAGCUGGCCUUUGAGUGGCAGCUGGAGGAGAAGAAGAAGGAGCACACCCAGAUUAUGCUCAUGAACAACUCCCGCAAGGAAAACAUCCUCAUCUCAGUCCGGCAGGAGCAGGAGCGUCUUGAGCUGGGCGUCAGCCAGCAGCAGAGGUCUCAGGAGGCCGAGAGGCUGCUGGUUCUGGAGAGAGUCCGACAGGCUGAGGACGGCAUCAGCAGCCGCAUCAGCACCAUGCUGAUGGACAAGAGCAGGCUGAAAAAGAGUGCAGAGUUUCUUCAAGCUAUGGAGGAGGAUCGGAUCCGUUCGGAGCAUCUGACGGCCAUCACACAGGAAGAAACCAACUCCCUGAGGAAGAGGGAGGUGGCAGUGGCCAUGCAGAAGAUGCUGUCGGAAAGCUGUAUGAUGAGCAUCCUCCAGGAGGCCAGUGACUUCCGCAGGAGGAGCCUGGUCAAUGAGGCCCACAGAAGUAUGGAGAGCUUGGAAAGGAAGUUCGAUAAAGUGCUUUCCCUCCAAGUUUUGGACAAAUCUAAAGCCAUCGCUCACAUCUUACAGGAGGAGGAGAUGCAGAAAGCAGCGUUCCAGGCCCUGCAGCUGCAGAAAGAUGCCGUUCACGGUUACAUCCGCAACCAGAUCAAGCUCAUAGAGACUGAGUUAAAGCAGCUGACUAGGUUGGAGAUUAAAAGGCGUACUCUGGAUGCUGAGAACCUGCAGGAGGUUCUGGUGGAGCAGAGGACCGCUCUGAGUGAUCUGCUGCAGCAGCUUCUGAAGCAGAAGGAGCAGAGAGAGCAGGAGCUGCGGCAGGUUCUGGCGGAGAUGGAGCGUAAAUCAGCGUCCAACCAGCAGAACUACUGGAUGAUCCAGUACCAGAGGCUGCUGGACGCUAAGCCGCUGUCACUACGCAUGCAGGAAGCGGGCGUGGAGAAAGAGUUGGUCAACCUGCUGUGCAAACUGUCCGCUCAGCACUACCUGCCCAUCAUGGCUCACCAUCGAGUGACGACUGAGCGCCUGAGGCACAUGACCGCCUCUGACCUCAAGAAGCUUGGUAUUAGUGAGAUAGGAAUCCAGAAGGCUCUUCUGAACUGGACCCGGGAACGCCACCCUGAAG